GACAAAACUGCAGAAGAAGACCAAAGAAAUUAAUGGAAAGUUUAAAAGAUGAUUUGGAACUCACAGUCAUGUGCUACAGAGAAUUCCACCAUGUUUAAGCAAGGCAAACUCUCUGGAAGAAUAUCAAACACCACUUUCAUCAUUUUCUUCUGCAACACUUACAGCGGACCAGAAUGGUCUUGUUACUUUGUGGUUGUGAUUUUCUUUUUAGUUCUGCUCAUAGGAUUUCUGGGGAAUACAUUCACACUGCUCUUCUAUAUAUGCACUUGGAGAUCAUGGACUAGUAGCACAAUUUUUCUGUUCAAUUUGGCACUGUGUGAUUUUACUUGGAUUUUCUUGAUUCCCUUUGCCGUCUACUACUACCUACAUAAGCGAACUGCAUACGUUACUCAGCUAUUCUGCCAGCUCAAAAGAACAUUCUUUGGCAUCAAUAUCUAUGGCAGCAUCUAUUUUCUAACGCUUAUCAGUUUUGACCGGUAUGUGGGUGCUGUCCAUCCCAUCCGAUCCUUUAAAAGAUGGGAUAAAAGCAAGGCUACAUUUUGUACUAUGGCUGUAUGGAUUGUCAUCUUGAUAGAGUCCAUUCCUGAUGUUUAUUACACCUUUGUGGUCCAAAGAGAAAUAGGGUCUAAAGCUUGCCUUGACAACAUUGGAGAGACUCUGUACUUUGUGGUUCCAUUCACAAUUUUCAGACUUUUAUUUGGUUUCCUCAUUCCUGUCCUGAUCAUUUUCACAUGCUAUACCUUGACUCUUAAAGCAUUACGGAACAUGAAGAACCACCAUCAGAGAAGAAAAAGAAUUGUGAAGCCCUUGUUGUUGGUUUCAGCUGCCAUGAUUGUUUUUGCUGUGGCUUUCAUUCCUUAUCAUGGCAUGAUACUGGCAGUGCUAAUCUACAGAAUCAAUAACCAACUCAAUGCUGACAAUGUAAGGUUAAUACUUACUAUAUAUAAAUUCACAGAAAUCAUCUGCAGUGUCAGUAGUUCCUUGAACCCAUUCAUUUUUAUGUUAGCCAGUAAGAAAUUCAAGGAAAAGUUUAAAAGGUUCUGGUGCUCACCUAGAAAGAGGUGUCUUUGCUGUCAAUCACACCGAGUGAGUGAUAUUGCAACUGAACUAUGAUAGGUAAAGUCACACAUGGAUAAAAGCUUGUGAACUGACUCCAUAAUAUAAAGAGAUUAAUAUACAUUUUAAACCUAUUGUCAUUUAGUAAUAGAAAAGUAACUUCCCACCAAAUCCUAAUUGCUCCAGUAGAACUAUACCGAUUCUUUAAACUAGUGGUUCCCAGCCUGUGGUCUGUGGACCAUCAGUGGUCUACAAGAACUAAAAUAUGGUCCAUGGCCUCAUCAUUACUACACCGUUGCAACAAGAGCAA